AUGGCCAUUGGACCAUCAUUAAGAGGUUUUCGUACUUGUAUAAGACGUGUAAUUUGUGUUGAUGGAACUCAUUUGAAAGGUAAGUAUCUUGGAACAUUAUUUGUUGCCACAUGUUUGGAUGGAAACAACCAGGUUUAUCCUUUGGCUUUUGGAGUAGGGGAUUCAGAAAAUGAUGAUGCGUGGACAUGGUUCUUUGAAAAAUUGAAUGGAGCUAUUGGAAGCAUGGAUUCACUUGUUUUUAUAUCGGAUAGGAAUGCAAGUAUUGAAAAAAGUAUCCGGAGAGUUUUUCCAGAGGCCAUACAUGGUGCUUGUAUGUAUCACCUUGGUCAGAAUUUGAAGUCCAAAAAGUUUAGUGAUUCCGUCAUCCCUCUAUUCUACAAGGCAGCAAAGUCAUACAAUAAGGUGGAGUUUCACCAUAUCAUGAAUCAAAUACUCAGAUUCGAUGCAGGUAAUGUUUUCAAGUAUUUAAGUGAAGUUGGUUUUGAGAAAUGGUCUAGGGCUUAUUUUCCUGGACAACGGGCUAGGGUCAUGACUGUGGAGCCUAUUAGUAUAAAUACUUUUCUUGUUAAAGAUGGUGAUGAUGGAGGACAAGUGGAUUUGGCCAGCAAGACUUGCUCCUGCAGAGUUUUUGAUAUUGACCAUAUACCCUGCAUCCACGCCUUUGCAGCAUGUAGAGUUAGAAAAUUACCAAUAAUUUCAUUGUGUUCGCAAUAUUAUCGUACUGAUAUGCUGCUGCUGGCAUACGCAGAACCAAUCAACCCUGUCUUGAACACAGACGCUAAUGUUCUAACUGAGGAAUUGAGGGUUGUCUUACCUCCAGAAACCAGGAGAAAAAGUGGACGACCAAAGAAACGUCGAAUUCCAUCAUCCGGUGAGCAAAUACAAAAAAGAAAAUGCAGUCGUUGCAAACAAGAUGGUCACAACCGUCAAACUUGUAGCGAGCCCAUUUGUUUACACCCUAGCACGUCAGCACAAUGA